AUGGAACAUGAAACCAUUAACCCUGAGUCCGAAGUAUUAUAUCCAGUAUUGCUUAUACCAAAACGGUGUACCACCCUGGAAACAAGCUGUGAGGUGACAGAUAAUGUGUUUAUAGAUUUGAACAUCACUUCAGCUGACACCGAAGGCAACCAGAUGUGUAUUUACAACGGUUUUUGCAACGUAAAACUGAUUGACAGUUACGAUGUAAACAUCCAAGAAACUGAACCGAAUACGGACAGUGGCAGUUCAAGUUUUAUUGAAAACGAGCAAGCUGUCAAUGAAAUUGGUAAUCAAGUGGCAAGCGCUGCUUAUAACCAAUCUCACGUGUGGAUAGACCCUGUCAGAAGUCCGUACGUGUAUAAUUCUUACAACGCCGCUGAGAGCCAACCAGAAUAUUCAGUUUGUCAUCAAACUCGUUCAGCUCAUAUAACAGUCGAGCAACACAAUACGUAUAUAACUCAGAACGUUUAUAAUUACAAAGAGUCCAUACAAUACUCCUCUCUUGAAGAUUUUGAACACAAAAAGUUUAGAAAGUUGCCCGCUCCGGAGCCUAUUCCAACAGUACAACAGAAUUGUGAUCAAAACAAUUUGAAUUUUUAUGAAGAGGACGAAUUUGAAUGUGGCGUGUUCUUGUCACAAUUGCCUGAAGAGAUAUUGAACGAGAAAGAGACUAGAGCUAGAGAAGAAAGGAAAUAUAUAGGUUUGCAGAGUGAAAACGAAGCGUUGAAACAACUGAUGUCUACUGAUAUACAGUCAGUGUCGAAACAAAGGAAAACUAUACUAUUUCUAGGACACGACUCCCAUUUUGGGCAAACUAUCCAGAAGAUAGCCGUCAAUGAUCCAUCUCUCGUGUGUUCUGGUGGAGAGAUAGACCAAGAAGUUGUUAUUGGUAUGUGCCUUUUUCUAUUUUGUAUAUAUAUAUAUAUACUUUUUAUUAUUUCACAGUGGUUAGCGCGUUUGUGCUGUAAAGCAGAUGUUAAAUAACUUUUGCAGUGGUCAGUUUUAGGAUGGGUGACCCAAGUUUUAUUAAUGUUAAACUUAUACACUUUUGCAUGAAACUGAACCGAAUACUUGAAACUUUAAACCGUUGGUUCCGGCUUCAUGUUGUAUAUUUGUAUAAACAAUUCAAAAACGAAAAAUAAUAAAAAAUGUUUUAUUCUGCUGAAUUAUUUGUUUCUUUUACAUGAAAAAAAAAAUAACUCGAUUUAUAUAAAAACUAGUGGUUAUAUAUUUUAUCCUGCUAAUUUAGAAUUGUUGAAAAUACAGAAAUUAUUUUACAAAGACGACGCGGCAUUCUCCAACCCCCACCAGAAAAAAUACCAGUGUGACAAAUGCAAACAGAUAUUUGAUCAAAUAUCGGCAUUUAAGCAGCACAUGGUCAGCAGCCAUAGGACCCCGAAAUCGUCCAGCUCCAUCGACACAAACAAUUCGUCUGUCGGAGAAAUGAAAUUCAUGUGCACUGAAUGUGGUAAAAGCUUGAAGAACCAGGAGAAGUUCGAACUACACUGCAUGGGCCAUGGAGACCCAGAACUGGAAUGCAACAAGUGCCAUAAAGUGUUCGCAUCGAAAUUCACCUUGCGCACUCAUCGCAAGAUUCACAAUCGCAAAUAUGUUUGUACUUACUGUUCGAAGUCUUACUCCGACGCAGAAGAUCUGAGGGCUCAUUCUGCAAAAAUACACUUUAUGUUUUUAUGUGAAAAUUGUGAUUUCGCCACCAGCAACUCAUCAGAGCUAACUUUACAUGAGGAAAUUCACAAAAUGAAACCAUUUGUUAAGGAAAGCAACGACAAUGUAUUAACAGAAGCUAUAAUGGAAGAUGUCAUGAGUGACUCGGAUAUCAUAACUCCUUCACCUGAAGGCCAUAUGAAGACCGAAAAUGAAGCAUCCUGCUCUUAUUCACUGGAAGAUGAAAUACAAAAAGCGGACUCUGUUAUAGCUAAAGUUAUGUCUAACAAAAUAUUUCUAUUGCAUUCGAAAAAAGCUAGAAAACAUAGGAGAUAUAAUAAGGUUUGUAGCAAUAUAUUUUUAUAA